GGGUGGGCAGCGGACAUUCUACGGAGCUCUCAAAGACCCCAGACCCAGAGUUGAGAGCCCCCUGUGGGGUAGUCAUGCCCCCUGUCCCCUGCUGAUUGCUGCCCUUUGCCGAGUAUUCGCCAGGAGCUUCUGACCUAAAGACCUCGGACUCAGCGGACCAUGGCACAGGAGAAGCUGCAGCCCCGGCUGUGCCACAUUAAGAAGGGGGAGCAGGGAUACGGCUUCCACCUGCACGGGGAGAGGGGCAAGAGUGGCCAGUACAUCCGCAAGGUGGAGCCCGGAUCCCCGGCAGAGAUCGCGGGACUCAAAGCUGGAGACCGGGUGCUGGAAGUCAACGGGGAGAAUGUGGAGAAGGAGACCCACCACCAGGUGGUCCAGCGUAUUAAAGCCAUGGAGAACGAGACGCGGUUGCUGGUCGUGGACAGGGAGACGGAUGAACGUUUGCGCCGUAAAGAGAAUUCCUCGUCUGAGUCCCAGGACAACUCCAGCGCUCCCCCCACGCCCUCCAUCGGGAACAACAAUGGAGAGGUCUGGAAAGGCAAGGAGGACACCAGCAACGAAGACAAACUACAGAACAACCACAGCACGGAGAACGGGAAGCAGGAGAUAAACGGCCAGCUGAAGGAUCAUUGCCCCCGUCUGUGUUAUUUGAAGAAAGGACCCAACGGUUAUGGGUUUAAUCUGCACAGCGAGAAGUCCCGACCCGGCCAGUUCAUCCGCUCGGUGGAUCCGGGAUCUCCUGCAGCCAAAGCCGGUCUGAGACCCCAGGACCGCCUCGUCGAGGUGAACGGGCAGAAUGUCGAGAACAUGAAGCAUUCUGAGGUGGUGGCCAACAUCAAGUCCAAGGAACACGAGACGUCGUUACUCGUGGUGGACCCGGAAGCCGACGAGUACUUCAAGAAACUGGGAAUCAGCCCGACUGAAGCUCACGCUAAAGGUUCCGUCCAACUUUCUCUCAACAAUGGAAUGACACAGAUGAAUGGAGGUUCAUCGACAUCAUCGUCCCGCAGCGACCUGCAAAGUCCUGACAAAGACUCACAGGCGGGGGAUUUCGGAAGAAAGGAUCCCUUUGAGGAAAGCGGGUUAAAUCUUAGCCCCACGGCAGCAGAAGCCAAGGAGAAAGCAAGGGCCAAGCGAGCCAACAAACGCGCCCCCCAGAUGGACUGGAGCAAGAAACACGAAAUCUUCAGCAACUUCUGAUCCGCACCCACCCUCCUGGCACAGCUGCUGGUGGGAACUGGUGCAGGACUCGAUCCGUCUCCCACCGCAAACCUGGGCUUUGAGGAUUAACAGGAGCAACGACACCUUCUCCAGACCAUUAACGAGAGGAUGUGAUCAAAGUUUAACCAUUUCAUUUAACAUGGCAUUUCAUUGCAACUUCAUCAGCUUAGUGACACAUGGAUCCAAAUCCCAUUACCCCUCGUGGAUUUUAAACGGGGUUACGGGGGGGGGGAUCUCCAAGGUUGAUAAACUUCUUGAGAUGCCGAGGACAACCAACUUCACUGUGCAGAUACUUUUACCAGCAACUGAGGUCAGGGGGAGGCCUUGGAUAAUUGGAGACAAGAUAACCGGCACGUUCGAACCGCAAGAGAGAGGAAGGACAAAGUAAAAAAAGGAAGUGUUGCAGGGUUCUAUGGAGCUGUGAGACGGCGAGAGCGAUACUUAAAAAGAAAGUUCUACAUCUGCCUCGUGUUUAUAUUUCAAGUUCCCCGUCCUUUCCUGUGGUUUCACCUUCACUUCCGCAGACCGCUGACAGUUUUAAUUGCUUAUUUUUUAAGUAUUCGGGUCUGGAACUGGUUUAAGUAAACCAGAAUCACCUCUGUUUAACCCGGGAAAACAAGAUUACCGUGUCAGAUCGCCCCAGCGGUGUGGUUAUCAUCCAGAUUUCCGCUCCAAUCGAGUGCAUGCACAGAACGUCUGCUAAAUCAUGUAUUAGAUACGCGUACUUCAUGUAAUAUACGUCCUAUAGGAAUUGUAUAUCAUGCGGUUGGAAUACCCCAGUAUCUCGCGUGAUGGAUGGGGGGGGCAUAUUAUUUAACAACAAAAAGGUGGUUUUUUUUCUUCUUUAAAUUGUUCUAAUAUUCUGAAAUAGAACAAGAGGCCGUGUUAUUGAUUUUAAUACUUAAAUCGUGUUAUAUGACCGACAUAAACAGAUUAUUAGAGAUUUAACCAAAGAUGCGGUUUUUGUGUGGGAAUAGGAAGGUUUUUAGGCUGUUAGAGUCCCCUCGCGUCCGCACGUUGGUAACCGCUGACUCGCGGAUCGUCGCCUGAUGCGCAGAUGGUUUGAUUUAAAGAGAAAAAUAAUGGAAGGACUCAGAUUGGAGCCGUCACAAUCUGCCCUAAAGCACAAGGGAUAAAUACCCCCUCUGUGCUGCCCUCUGCCCACCCCUCCCCUGUUUAAACACGGACCUCACAAAAGAUGCAGUCAUUUUUUGGAGAGGGGUACGGGGAUUUGCAUAACGAUGCAGGCGGUGGGGUUUAAAGCAGCCACAAGUGUCAAAUGAUUUAGAAGAAUGGAGGGUUAUUUAACCCGUUAUAAGCUCGUGAAACCUUAGAAUGUCACAAAUGGAGAAACUUCCAUUAUUUUACCUUUUUUUAUUAUUAUUUUUUUGGAAUUGGGGGGGUGGGGGUGACAGCUACUCACUGUGGAUUACCAAUAGAGCGUUUUAGAAUGUGUGGUUAGUGGGAAUGCAGAAGGAGCCGCGUUCUAUUACAAUGUGAUCCUCGUAUUAGGUCAUUUAAUCCCGAACAAAGUAGUUCAUCCAAGAUCACAGGAGAUUCCUUAUCACCCCUCCCCCGAACUGAAAUAUUCUUUUAACAUCAAGUUUUUCUUUUUUUUCCCCCUGUGAGAAGCCAAGAGCUGAAAUCGCAUAUCAGGUUGACUUGUAAAUGUUCCAAGAACGCUGUGUUUAAUCACUGCGGGGAGAUUACGCUGAAACCGGCCAAGGAAAAUAUCUGUAAACCGUAAUCUUCUUCAAAAAAGAGAAAACAUUUUCAGUCUUCCCCUCCCCCUACAAACAAAGUGCUUACCCUGCAUCCAAAAUGAAUGUAAGAUCCUUAGACCUGAAGAACGAGCCUCUUAGGACCCCUGGUGUUUGAAAGGGGGAUUACAUGCUUAUCCUUAAAGGGACAGUCAUGGCCCAUAUAGAAAUAUAGGUUUCGGAUGCAGAUCGGCCCCCAUCUAGUCUGCCCGUUUCUCCUGCUGUAAAGACUCAAACCUUAAUCAGUCGUUGGUCUCGUCUUAGAUUCAGGAGCCGUAUGCCUAUCCUAUGCAUGUUUUUAAUACCCUCUACCAUUUCUGCUGGGAGGCUGUUCCACGUAUGCCUCACCGAAGAGUUGUAGUGCUCUUGGUUAAAGGAAAUAGUAGGCGAUUCAAUUAUUGUAAUAAAGAAAAUAAAUAUAUAUAAAAUGAAAAAGGCAUCACUUUAACACAUCAUUUAGGUACCUAAUCCGGACCUGGCACCUUCGCACCUAUUUGUUUCACACGACAGAUCUGAGAAAAAAAUU